AUGUCCCCCAGCCCGCACUUGACUCCUUUGCUCUUUAGAGGUCCAGCCUGUGUGUCCUGCCUCGCUCCAUGCAUCAUCAUGAGCGGGGGCUUGUGGGUGAUGAAGCGUCCAGUCACCCCCUCCCCUCCUGGGGCUCAGCCUGCGCCCCUGUCCCAGCGGAGACAGCAGCAAACACAAGCGCUGGACAUGAGCGAUCACGGAGAAGAGGGUUAUCGCGGAGAAGAGGCUGUAGCCAGAGUAAGUCCAUCCAACCUGAGGUUUGUGAUAAGCUCUUGA